UAGCCACUCCCCUUCAGUUCACCCCAGCAGCUGUAAUAUUGAUUAAACUCUAGUAUCCCUUGUAUACGCAUUGUAACAUGACUAGUCGUCUAAUUUUUGAUCACUACUUAGUUCUCUUUAUUAGCAAUGAAUUCUAAUAAUAGGCAGUCGAGAUUACCUGUACGUUCUGUAUCGUCGUCUCGUUCCCAUCACGUCUCUCCAUCUCCUGUAGGUCAUUGUCGGUCACAAUCGAAUCCUGGUAAGACGCGAUGGACUAUGUUAACCAAAAACGAUAAUGAUCAUUUUCGCAAUAACAACAAUACUAGUUGUGCGACGGAAAGUUUUAGCUUUGGUAAAAUAGACAUUAAUGACGGAAAAAAUAACAACAAUAAUAUUUUCGAAACAUUUAACGACAAAAAUAAUUUUACAAACUCUCAAUAUCACUUUUUUUUACACAAUGUUGAUGAUAAUCGAAAAGCUAAUAAUUGGUCAAUCACACAGUCAUUGCAUGGUGACAACCACAGUGUUAAAAAUUUUUACAAUAGUGGUGAUACUCGUCUGAGAAUGAUAAAUGAGGACCAUUUUGUAGAGAAAGAAAAAAGAGCAAUAGUAGAAGAUAAAGAAGAAGACGAAGCUAAAAUUUCUCCUGAUGGAUGUUUACCAACACCUCCAAGCUUAAUGGCUGACAAAAAAUUUAAUAUGUGGCACAGCAUUGGGCCAACAAAUGGGUCAUCUAAUUUAUCUAUGAUUAGAUCUCAGACAUCUUCAGUGGAAGAUGAAAAAGGACUAUCCAUGAGAUCAAACAGUCAGCAACAGUUAGGUGCAAAAGUGGAAAUUGUUUACAAUUUAUUAUCAUUAUUAGAGAAUAACAAUUCAAUACAGUCUUCAUAUCAGUCAGUCACUGUUCUUUUAGCGAUGAGUAAGUCCCCAGAUUGUUGUGCUGCAAUGAGACAAACAGGAUGUGUUCCUCUACUUGUUCAAAUUGUUCAUGAUAUGAACGCUGAUAUAGUUGUUCGACAUAAUGCUAGUCAAGCUCUAAAAAAUAUUGUUACAUUUAAUCAAGAUGAAAAGCAAGGUCGUAGAGAAUCUAGAGUUUAUAAAUUAUUAGAAAAUAUGAGAGAGUAUUGUGAUACACCUGUAGUUGUGCUUAAACAGUUGGAUAUAAGCAAACAUCCAAUUACAUCUAUAGCUGCAUUAAUGAAAUUAUCUUUUGAUAGUCAACAUCGAUUUGCCAUGUGCCUUCUUGGAGCUAUUCAUACAAUAACAAGAUUGAUCCAAGUAGAUCAUGAAGUUCAUGGGAGUGCUUUAGAUUUAGAUCCUAUGUCAGAAUGUGUUACAUUACGACGAUAUGCAGGAAUGGCUCUAACUAAUCUUACAUUUGGAGAUGCUACAACAAAAACAUUGUUGUGUUCAUUUAAAAGUUUUCUUAAAGUAUUGAUAUUACAAUUACAAAUACAAUGUGAAGACCUUAGACAGGUGACAGCUAGUGUUCUACGUAAUUUAUCUUGGAGAGCUGAUCCUAAAAGCAAAGAUAUUUUACGAGAAGUAGGAGCUGUUAAGGCAUUAAUGGAAGCUGCUGUGAAAGCUAACAAGGAAAUGACAAUGAAGUCAUUUUUGUCUGCUAUUUGGAAUUUUUCUGCUCACUCUCCAGAAAAUAAAGAAGAAAUUUGUAAAGUUGAAGGUGCAAUUGAAUUCUUAAUAUUUACAUUAAGUGGAACAAGUUCUUUUAAAUCUGUUACUAUUAUUGAAAAUGCUGGAGGAAUUUUAAGAAAUAUAUCUUGUAUUAUUGCAUCUAAUGAAGAGUAUCGGAAUAUUUUAAGACGCCAUAAUGUACUAGAAAUGUUGAUGCAACAACUACUAUCUCCUAGUUUAACUAUUGUGAGUAAUGCAUGUGGAACAAUUUGGAAUUUAUCAGCUCAUAAUAUUCAGGAUCAAACAACUAUGAUAAAUUUGGGUAUUGUGCCUAUGUUGAAGUCAUUAAUUCAUUCCAAACAUAAAAUGAUUGCUACUGGAUCUUCAGCUGCUCUUAGUAAUCUUCUGAAUGCUAUGCCAGCGUACAACUCUAAUCAUGGUAACUUUGACAAAGAUUCAGAAACAAAUGUUAAAAAUACUAUUAGUAGUACUAGAUACAAUAGUGAAGUAACUAAAAACAUAAAUGUCACUAAUGAAUUUUCAAAAAAAAUUGAAGACUCCCAAUCAACUUACCAAAGUGAUGAAAUUAUUGAUAAACACAUAUCUAGUGAAAUUACUAAUUCUAUUGAAUCUUCUAACUUAUCUCAUAAUGGUACUCACCAAAUUAAUAAAGAGAUUAACUUAAAUGAAAAAGAAAAAAAAACAACAGACUUUACUGAAACUUCGUUUGAUGAAGCAACUAACUAUAGUUUAUUGUGUGAAGAUGACGAUACUGGUGAAAAAGCGUUAACUGGUGAUACAACCCAAACUUAUUGCACUGAAGGGACACCUUACAACUUUUCAAAUGCAGCAUCUUAUUCAGAUUUAAGAAAAUGUGGAAUGGAAGAAAAGAGUCAAAAUGGAUCUGGAUUAGGACCAUCUGAACAAAGUACUAAUGUUCAAAACUCUGGAAGUCAAACCCCUGAUAACAAUCAACCUAAAGAUGACCAAAAAGAAGGGAAAAUGGUUACUUUUGAAACACCAUUAAUGUUUUCAAGAAGUAGUUCAAUUGCAUCACUUGGAAGUUGUGAACCACCCGAAGGAUUUGUUGGUAGUUCAGCAGUCAGUGAAUGCAGCCGUGUAACCAGUGGACUAGUGACACCUAGUGAAAUUCCCGAUUCUCCUACACCAUCUGUCCCACCAAGCCCUCCAUGUUAUAAAAAUGAAAGUAUUUUUGAAGACACUGUUACUGUUUUUAAAGAAGAAAAAAUGCCUGGUAAAGGAUCUGGAUGCACAAGCUUAAGUAGUUUAACUAUUGAUGAUGAUAUUCCUGGGAUAAAAAUUCAGUAUUUACCAAACCUUCCAAUGUUACCAUCAUUAAAUGAAGAACUUAAUUCUAAUAUAAAUAACAGUGAAUUAUUUAGUUCACCUUCAUCAGAUAAAGAUUGCAUAUCUUUAAAAUCUACUCAAUCAUCCUGUAUGGAAUCUCCAUACAUACAAAAUAAAAAUCCAGGAUUUAUACCUCAUAUAAAGGCAAGAUUUCCAGUUAUGGUACAAAAUAACACUCAUUCAAGCGAAAGAUAUACUGAAUCUUCAUUUGUUUCUAAAUCAUGUAAUAAAGUAACAGAAAAUGAGGCUGAUGAAAUGAUGGGAUUUUGUACUGAAGGAACUCCUGCAAAUAUAAGUACAGCUACUUCACAUUCCGAUUUGUCCAUGAUUACUCCUUCUGAAGAUGGUUCUGAAACAAAUGUUAUUCUAAGACAGUCAAUGAAAGUAGUUGGGAAAAGGCGCUUAUAUCAAACACCUGGAAAUUUCCAAGGAACUUUUAAUGUUAAGCAUAAUCAAAGUUCAUCUAUACCACUUUCUUCAAAUACUUCUAGACAAUUGGCUUUAGAUUCUCCUUCAACUGAAUCUCAUAUAUCUAAUUCAAUCAAUUCUUCUGAAUUAGAAGAUCCUGAUACUGUUAUUCAUAAAAGAAUGUCUACAGAUUCAAUAGGUAGUGAAUUUUCAAUGGAUGAUUCCAAUAAAUGUGAUAAUCGAGUAUCAAGAUCUCAUUCUUUACAGGACACGCUUACAUUAAAUAGUGAACUUAUGUCCGAAGAUGAUGAUGAUGAUAAUAAUGCAUUAUUAGAUCAAUGUAUUAAUGCAGGAAUUGAAAAAAUUACUACAAAUAAAACAAUUUCUGAUGAUAUACCAGAUGAUGAACAACAAGAGCUGUUAAAUCAAUGUAUAGCAACAGGCAUUAAGAUAUCAACUAAGUCUAAAUCACAAUUACCUGUUAUGAAAAGAUCUAUCAAACAAGAUAUUGAAUUAACCGAAGAACAACAACAACAAUUAUUAGAGUCGUGUAUAGCUGCUGGCAUUAGAAAUAGUAAAAAAACAUUUAAAAACGCAAAUGAUGAAAUAUCAGAUGAUGAGCAAGCAACUUUAUUAAAUGAAUGUAUUUCUGCUGGUAUGAAAAAUGUUCAGAAAAAUAAAUCGAAAAAUAUAAAUAAUAAUUUAGAUCUAAAUGAAGAAGAAACUUUAUUGAACAAUUGCAUUAAUCAAGGUAUAAAAAAUAUUGAACGAGUUAAAAUUUCUAAGAAAAGAGAGAUACCAGUACCCAACAACUAUAAAAAGACAUAUGUAACAAAGUUAGAAAGUGAAGUUAGCGAAUCUACUUAUACUAUUACACCAAGAGAUAAUGUUGAUGGAAUAGCUUACAAAAAAGAUGAGAGUGAUGAUUCAACUUGGAUAGAUGAUGAAACACUGACAUUUUCUACUCUUACUAGUACAUACCAUAGUGCUAAUAGUUAUGAAAAAUCAAAACCAAAAUUAAUCAAAUUGGAAAAAGGUGAAAUAGGAAUCAUAUCUUCCAUAGAAGUUGAAGAUAAUCAUUUAGAUUCCAUCAAACCUCCUUCAGAUAUGGAGAGUCUAUUAUCUCUGACGGCAAGUAUGCAUUCAAAUUAUGGAUUUGAUAAGAAAGGAAAGGUUUUUAAAGAGCGAAAUGAUUCAUUGGGCAGUUGUGUUAACAUCGAGAAUGUGAACCCUCCAUCUUAUAUGGAUGAAAUAACUGACUUUGAAAUGGAAAAUAGUAUCACUAUCAUAUCAAGUAUACAAUCAGAAAUAGUUGAUCAAUCUGUGGGUGCACAAUUCUAUACAGCUGUUGAUGAAUUGACCCUAGUUGAUGAUUUACCAUCAUCAGAAAUGUCAUCUGAUCAAAAUUUUUCUAGUCCAGCUCAAAUAAGACGUAGAUUGACUCCAAAACAAAAACGAAAUAUGAAAAAAGAUAGGUAUAAUACAUAUACAAUUAAUUCUGAUGAUAGCAGGGAAAAUUCUACUGGUCCAGAAAACAGACCAUCACCUUUAAAUGAAUCCGAUUCUCAUUCGUCAGAAGGAGCUGUUAAAAAAAUGUCACCUAAAGAAAAAUUCCAAACAAAGAGAUCAACUGAAAAAGAUAGAUUUCGAACCCGAACAUUGGCAGAUCUUGAUCUUACUCAAAUCGUAACAAAACAAUCAAAAGACAAUGAUAAUGAUGUAACCAUAACUGAAACUUUAAAAAUUGAUGAUUAUAGCUCUUCAGAUGGUACAGAUGGUUAUUCUAGUGAUGAAAAUAGCUCUAACUUACCCAUAAUCUCAGCUCGUAUUGUUAAGCCUACAGAAAUUAAAGCAGUUAGAGGUAAAAAGAAAGGUCGAGGAAGUGGUAUACCAAUUGUAGCACGUGGAAGUGUGACACCUACAACACCACCAACUAAAAGCUCAGAAACUACCCCAGUGAAAAAACCUUUACCGCUCAAAAGGCAGGGUACCUUUGUAAAAGAGGAGUCUCGUAUACCGACCCCAGGAUCAUCUGGAAAAAAGAACACUAGUGCUCCAAAUUUAAUUAAAGUGUUAACUCCAAAGUCUAUAAGUGUAUGUACUACUAGAGGGGUACAUACAUCAUUAAGUCAUAAUAGCUUGAAAAACAGUGUUAAUCACUGGGGAGGUAGUAAUAAUAGCUUAUCUGCUGUUGGAAAAACAACUAAGACCAACAGCAAUACAAGUUUAAACUCAAACAUGUCAGCUGCUAGUUCUGGAUGUUCCGUGAAAGGUAAUGUACAAAAGAAAGAAGUUACUAGUAAGAUAGCAACUUUAUGGAAGAAAGUUGAGGAUAACAAAAAGAAAAAUGUUAAUGCCAAAGAUAGACGAGUGUGGAUAAGUUCAAAUUCUAAAAACUAAGUUUCAGAAUAAGUUUCUGACAUUAGUUAUUGUAAUAGAAUUUGUUUCCUUUAAAUCCAGUAAAUAUAAAUUACUGGGAAAAAUUACUUUAGUUUUCUUUGACCAUUAUUAUUAGGAAGUUUUAUUUUUCAUAAAAAAAUUAACUUAAAAAUUAAAAUUCAAUUUAUUAAAUUAGUUUUCCUUGUCUAAUGCAAUAAAUUUUGAACUUUAAACAUUUUUUUCUGAUAAAUGUUAAGCAAUAUGCUAGUUAAAA